AUGAUGCGAUCUCUGUUCUUUAUUCUAUUGAUUAAAGCCGUUGUUUCCUUGACCCCCGAAGAAGUAAGAAGUUUCGCAUCUUCUGUACCCGAGGGUGGAAAAUUAUGGGCCCUUCUUGUGGCUGGUUCCAAAACUUGGUACAAUUAUAGACAUCAAGCGGAUGUUUGUCAUGCAUAUCAAGUUUUACAUAAUCAUGGCAUCCCUGAUGAACAGAUUGUUGUCAUGAUGGAUGUUUUACCAAAAAAUUUUUUCAACAUUUUAUGGGGAAAUGAAACAGCUUUGAAAAAUGUUGGUUCAGGAAAGGUUAUUAAAAGCAAUCCUAAUGACCAUGUAUUUGUUUAUUUUUCUGAUCAUGGAGCAUAUGGUUUCAUUUGUUUUCCUGGUUUCGUGUCAGAAAAUGACUAUGACAAUGGGGACAUUACAAAUGAUCAAUUAAUUUCAUUUUUGAAAGAUUAUUAUGCUGCUAAAAAAUAUUCAAAGAUGGUGCUUUACAUAGAAGCUUGCGAAUCAGGAUCAAUGUUUAUUGAUUUACCUAAAGAUAUUAAUGUCUUUGCUACAACUGCAGCAAAUAAAGAUGAAUCUUCAUCAUCUUGUUAUUAUGAUGAAAAACUAAACGCUUUUUUGGGUGAUGUAUAUAGUGUUAAUUGGAUGGAAGAUUCAGACAAAGAAGUUCUUUCAAAAGAAUCUUUGGAGAAACAGUAUAGAAUUGUCAAACAAGAAACAAAUACCAGUCAUGUAACACAGUUUGGAGAUCUUACAAUUUCAAAGAUGCCUGUUAGCGAAUUCCAAGGUAGAAAGCAAGCUAAACCAAUUACAUAUCCAAAAGUUCCUUUUGAUGCAGUUCCAAGUAAUGAAGUUCCAGUGGAAAUUCUAAAAAGGAAAAUAGAGAGAACAAAUUCAAUAAGAGAAAAACAUGAACUGAAAAAACAGCUUUACAAAUUACUUAAAAAUCGAAGAUUUGCCGACAAUGUGGUGAAAGAAAUUGUCUGGUAUCUUUCUUUUGGUGAUGAGGACACGUACAAUCGAAUGCAUUUGAGACCAAAUGGAAUCAAAAAUAACUGUUAUUAUGAAGCAGUUAGAUAUUUUAGAAAACAAUGCUUUAAUUAUAACAAGGUAAGAGAAGUUCUUUCAAAAGAAUCUUUGGAGAAACAGUUUAGAAUUGUCAAACAAGAAACAAAUACCAGUCAUGUAAAACAGUUUGGAGAUCUUCCCGGUCAGUUAGUAGGACAUGCCAGGUAUUAG